AUGUACGAGUUACCUGUUAACCCCGUUCUUGUCGCUAUCUUCACUAUCUUUCUGGUGACAUUUGUGAAUGUACUUUGGACUGUUCACAAUGAUCCUAUUUCAAUGGUACCGGGGCCUUGGCUCUCCCGAUGGACUGGGGCUGUCGCCGAGUACCACUGGGUCAUGGGAAACCGACCCAAAUAUGUUCAUAAUCUACACAAGAAAUACGGCCCGAUUGUACGGGUGGCGCCUGACGAGAUCGAUAUCUGCGACAUCAAUGUUGUCCAUGACAUGUAUAAGUCCGGCAGCGGGUUCCUUAAAUCUGCCUGGUACGACAAAUUGACAAUCAACGGAGUCAAAAAUAUUUUUAGUGUCAGAGACCCAAAGGCUCAUAGCAUCCGGCGACGCCUACUCUCCUCGCCCAUGUCAGACGCAUCCCUCCAGUCAAUGCAACCAACGAUAGAUGUGAACAUCCAACUCGCUAUACGACAGAUGCGACACGAGAUGAAGUCACGGGGGUCGAUAGACAUAUUCAAGUGGUGGUAUUUUAUGUCUACGGAUCUUAUUGGGCAGUUAACCUUUGGUCACACAUUUCAGUUGCUUGAACGCGGUCAGAAGAAUCAGCUAGCAGCCGACUUAGAGACCCUUCCUCGCUUGGGUAUGAUCGGAUCGGCCUUCCCCAUGUUACUUCAACUCGCAGGCAUAUUACCCUUGCCUUAUUUUCGGAAUGCAAUGAAAGCCGGUCAACGGAUCGCAGAGUAUGCGGAUCAAUCACUCCUGGCUUAUAAAACGUCAGUCACCCGGGACGCCGCCAAUCCAAAGCCUACCCUUUUUACCAAGUUAUUCCAUGCGGGCUCGGAUCAACUAUCGGACAUAGACCUUGGAAGUGAAGCACAGGGGUAUAUAGUUGGUGGUAGUGACAAUACAGCCAUUACACUAACAUACCUCGUGUGGGCGGUUUGCCGAGAUGCAAAGAUCAAAAGUGGUUUGCUACUAGAGUUGAACACCCUUCCGGAAACUUUCGGUGAUGAUGACCUCAAGAAACUACCAUUUUUGAACAAUGUCGUACGGGAGACCCUGCGUUUAUAUGCCACAAAUCCGUCCAGCAGGCCUCGAAAUCCCCCAGGUCCUGGGGCGAAUCUCUGUGGAUACUGGAUUCCAAGUAGUGUGACGGUAUCUACGCAGGCUUAUAGUCUCCAUCGAGAUCCUCAUAUAUUCCCUCAUCCCGAAAGGUUCGACCCCUGGCGUUGGACCUCAACAACGAAAGAGAUGACACAUGCCUUUAUGCCCUUUGGCGGGGGUUCUCGGAUCUGUUUGGGUCUACAUCUGGCUCUCAGAGAAAUUCGCCUCGGUGCUGCGCAUUUCUUUCGUUCCUUCCCCGACGCAAAGAUUUCAACUCAGGAGAACAUGAGCGACUCUGAUAUGGAACAAAUCUGCUACUUCAUUAUGUCGCCAUAUGGGAAACGAUGCCUAGUAGAAGCUACAAUAUAG